AUGCUGAUCCAAUCCGCGCUCGUCGCCGCGCUCGGCGCAACGCUGGCCAAUGCCGUCACCACUCUGGAAGUGAAGGGACGGCAGUUCGUCAACAGCAAGACAGGCGAUGCCUUCCAGAUCGUGGGCGCAGCCUACCAGAUUGGUGGAAGCUCGGGAUACGACCCCAGCCAUGGCAAAGACCCGCUGUCAGAUGGUGACAUCUGCCGACGGGACGCUGCUCUGAUGCAGACCCUUGGCGUCAACACCAUCCGAGUCUAUAACUUGAGCCCCGACCUGAACCACGACGAAUGCGCCAGCAUCUUCAAUGCCGCUGGCAUGUACAUGCUGAUCGAUGUCAACUCUCCUCUGAGCGGCGAGUCGCUGAACAGCUUGAAGCCGUGGGAAUCCUACUACGCCGGCUACCUCAACCGGACCUUCGCCAUCGUCGAUAACUUCAAGAACUACCCCAACCUGCUCGGGUUCUUCUCCGGCAACGAAGUUAUCGAUGCUGUCAAGACUGGUGCCGAAGCCCCUCCUUACAUCCGCGCCGUCACCCGUGACCUGAAGACCUACAUCAAGGCCCACGCCGACCGCCAGAUUCCCGUUGGAUACUCGGCUGCUGAUGUCCGUGAUGUUUUGGAAGAUUCCUGGAACUUUUUCCAGUGCGCCAUCGAUGGUGACGAUAAUGACAUGUCUCGUGCCGACAUGUUCGCCCUGAACAGCUACUCUUGGUGCGGUGAAAGCUCCUUUACAGAGUCAGGCUACGACCAACUGGUUGCCAUGUUCAAGACCACCUCCAUUCCCGUCUUCUACUCCGAGUUCGGCUGCAACACCCCCUCGCCACGUGUCUUCACCGAGAUCGGUACCAUUUACGGCACCCAGAUGACCGGCGUCUUCUCUGGCGGUGUCGUCUACGAAUACGCCCAGGAGCCCAACAACUACGGUCUUGCUACAGUCAACAGUGAUAACAGCGUCGAUCUCCUUGACGACUUCCGCACCCUGCAGAAGCAAUACAAUGGUGUUGAUUUCAAAUCGGUUCAGAACGUCAAGGCCGCAACCAGCUCCAUCACCAUUCCCGAGUGCAAGGCAAGCCUCAUCCAAGAGGACGGCUUCAAUAACAACUUCACCUUGCCGGUCCUUCCUCCUGGAGCCCAGAAGAUCAUUAGCAAUGGUGUAGGCGGACUGGUGGGCAAGAUCGUCGAUAUCAGCGAUUGGACUGUCAACCACGUCGUCAAGGACAUUGACGGCACUAAGCUCUCCAACCUGGCCGUGACACCACUUUCCGACGACGAAUCCAACACCCCUGGUAGCAACACGGGUGGCAGCAGCAGCAGCAGUGGCAACACCACAACAACAGGCGCUAACUCCGGCUCAAGUGGCAGCGCGGCACCGCAACUCGCACCAACAAAAUUGUCCACUGCCGCCAUGGCUGUGCCCAUGGUCAUCGCCUUGUCAUUCGCUGCUGGCUUCUCGAUGAUCUAG